CCCUACCUGGCGGCUCCAGAAACUCCAUAGUGUUACUUUAAGACACAUGUGGCAUUCACAUUCUGUUAAGUUUUUCUUUAAUGUUCAGCUUUGUACUUUGAGCUUUGUUGACUUGUAUGCUUAAUAUAUAUCUGUUUGACUUGUGUACAGCAUGAAGAUAUUCCCCAGAAGACGUAAUGGAGCUCAUGAUAGGCAGUACUAAGUGAGGAUGCCGGGUCAUCUGAGAACUAGGCUGACUUUACUCUGACCGAAGACAGCCCAAACCUCAGUGUCUGGGUUGGUCAACCUCAUCCGUCAGACCGACCUCAACCCCCCCCACCUGGUUCUCUCACUCUCUGUCUGCCUCUUCCUGCAACCUCUGGUCUGAAACGGCACAGGAUGUUGCUUCUGUGGGGGUCUGAAGGUAGCUCUGGCUGCUGACGGCUGGCCUGUCUCAGCUUGAGAGAAGAGCAGAGCAGGGCCACUGUGAGAGUGCCAGGUUCUUGGUGGCCUCUGAUGACAUGGAGGCAAGAGGCUCAGAAGAAAGAGGCAUGAGAAACGACGAAGGGCUGUACGAGGAGGAGGAUGAGGAAUCGCCCUCCGAGAGGCUGAUCGUCGUGGGGAUUUGCGCCAUGGUGAAGAAGUCCAGGUCCAAGCCCAUGACGCAGAUCAUGGAGCGGCUCUGUAAGUUCGAGUACAUCACCGUGGUGAUCUUCCCCGAGGAGGUCAUACUCAGUGAGCCUGUGGAGAAGUGGCCUCUCUGUGACUGCCUCAUCUCUUUUCACUCCAAAGGAUUCCCACUGGACAAAGCUGUGAGUUACGCCAAACUGAGAAAUCCUCUCCUUAUCAAUGACCUCAACACGCAGUAUUUCAUACAAGACAGGCGCGAAGUGUACCGAAUCCUUCAACAAGAGGGCGUUGACCUACCACGCUAUGUGGUGUUAAACAGAGACCCAGACAGACCAGAAGAAUGUAACCUGGUGGAGGGAGAGGACCAAGUGGAGGUGAAUGGAGAGGUCUUCCCGAAGCCUUUCGUUGAGAAGCCUGUCUCUGCUGAAGACCACAACGUUUACAUCUACUACCCUACCUCAGCCGGUGGGGGCAGUCAGCGCCUCUUCAGAAAGAUCGGAAGCCGCAGUAGUGUGUACUCUCCGGAGACCACCGUGAGGAAGACUGGCUCUUAUAUUUACGAGGAGUUCAUGCCCACUGAUGGCACCGACGUGAAGGUCUACACAGUGGGUCCAGAUUAUGCCCAUGCUGAGGCUCGGAAGUCCCCUGCCCUGGAUGGAAAGGUGGAGAGAGACAGUGAAGGGAAGGAGAUUCGCUACCCCGUCAUGCUCACUGCCAUGGAGAAGCUUGUGGCUCGCAAAGUGUGCCUUGCAUUCAAACAAACGGUGUGCGGUUUUGACCUCCUCCGAGCAAACGGCCAUUCCUUUGUGUGCGAUGUCAACGGUUUCAGCUUUGUCAAAAACUCCAUGAAGUACUACGAUGAUUGUGCCAAAGUUCUUGGGAACAUGAUCAUGCGGGAACUGGCCCCUCAGUUUCACAUCCCCUGGUCAAUCCCGAUGGAGGCCGAGGACAUCCCGAUAGUUCCCACUACCUCAGGAACCAUGAUGGAGCUACGCUGUGUCAUAGCCGUUAUCCGGCACGGAGACCGCACACCCAAACAGAAGAUGAAGAUGGAAGUGCGGAAUCCCCUGUUCUUUGACCUUUUUGAGAAGUAUGGUGGGUACAAGUCUGGGAAGCUGAAAUUGAAAAAGCCAAAGCAACUUCAGGAGGUUCUAGAUAUUGCCCGACAGCUGCUGGUCGACAUUGGACAGCACACUGACUGUGAGAUCGAGGAAAAGAAGUCUAAACUGGAGCAGCUCAAGACCGUUCUGGAGAUGGAAUCCAGCGUGAAUGACAAUCAGUACGGCCAUUUCUCAGGGAUUAACAGGAAGGUUCAGCUGACGUACCUGCCCAACGGCCAACUCAAAGCCUCCAGUGAGGAAGAGGACUCUGAGAGAGACGGUCCGUCCCUGCUGCUGGUGCUGAAGUGGGGGGGCGAGCUGACCCCCGCAGGCAGGGUGCAGGCUGAGGAGCUCGGCAGGGCCUUCCGCUGCAUGUACCCCGGAGGACAAGGUGAUUACGCUGGCUUCCCUGGCUGUGGCCUGCUGCGGUUGCAUAGCACAUACCGCCAUGACCUCAAGAUCUAUGCCUCAGACGAGGGCCGUGUGCAGAUGACCGCCGCCGCUUUUGCCAAGGGUCUGCUGGCCCUCGAGGGUGAGCUGACGCCCAUCCUGGUGCAGAUGGUGAAGAGUGCCAACAUGAACGGCCUGCUGGACAGCGACAGCGACUCGCUCACCGACUGCCAGCAGCGCGUCAAAGCUCAUCUGCACGAGAUCAUGCAGCGAGAGCGGGACUUCACCGAGGAGGAUUACGAAAAGCUGGCCCCUACAGACAGCUCCUCUCUCAUGAACUCCAUGAAGCUCAUAGGGAACCCAGUGAAGACCUGUGACCUGGUCUAUGCCUUAAUCCAGAGUCUCACACGCCAAAUUCGCAGGAAACUGGAGGAUCCCAAAUCUGCAAACCUGCAGCUGUACCACAGUGAGACCCUGGAGCUGAUGCUGCAGCGCUGGUCCAAGCUGGAGCGGGACUUCCGCACCAAGAGCGGGCGCUACGACAUCAGCAAGAUCCCCGACAUUUACGACUGCAUCAAGUACGACUCGCAGCACAACGCCUCUCUGGGCCUGGAGGAUACGCUGGACCUCUUCCGCUUGUCCAGGGCCCUGGCGGACAUCAUCAUCCCCCAGGAGUACGGCAUCACCAAGCCAGAGAAGCUUGACAUCGCCAGCGCCUACUGCCUGCCCCUGAUGAAGAAGAUUCAGUUGGAUCUGCAGAGGACCCACGAGGAUGAGGCUGUUAACAAGCUUCACCCGCUGUGGUUCAGGUACUCGCGAGGCGUGAUGUCUCCGGGUCGGCAUGUCCGGACCCGCCUCUACUUCACUAGCGAGAGCCACGUGCACUCCCUGCUCAACAUCUUCCGCUACGGUGGCCUGCUGAGCGUAAGUCACGAGGAGAAAGAUGAGCAGUGGAGACAGGCCAUGGAUUACCUCGGUGCUGUGUCUGAGCUCAAUUACAUGACUCAGAUUGUCAUAAUGCUGUACGAAGAUAACAACAAGGAUCCAUCCUCUGAGGAGCGCUUCCAUGUUGAGCUGCACUUCAGCCCCGGAGUGAAAGGGGCAGAGGAUGAAGAGAAAGCCCCCAUGGGCUUUGGCUUCCGUCCAGCUUCAUCCGAGAAUAACGCGAAGCAGACAGACCCGGGAAGCUUAGAGGACCUGUCCCAGGAUGAACCGGACAGGGCAGCACCCUCUGAACCCAUCAGCAUCCUGAAGAAGUCUCCACUGAUUCGGAGCAGGAAGACUGGCUCCAUGGAGGUUCUCUCAGAAAGCUCCUCCACCUCCUCCUCGCGGGGGUCAUCCUAUCGCCUGUUCCCCUCCUGCUCCCAUCAGUCCCCAGAGAUCAAGACCAGUGGCCUUGGGAGUCUGUUCCCGGGCCUCUUCAGCGCUGCUGGCCUGGGAGCGUCCUGCAGCGCCCCCAACCUCAGCGACCUUGGGCGCGUGCACCGGAACCCCCGUGCAGAUGAAUUGUUCUCUAUGCCGGCAGUAAAGAGAUUUUCUGUGUCAUAUGCCAGGCAUCCGACUAACGGAUUUGAAGGCUGCUCCAUGGUUCCCUCCAUCUACCCGCUGGAGACGCUCCACAACUCGCUCUCGCUCAAGCAGGUGGACGAGUUCCUCACCACCGUCUGUGAGGACGUGGGCGACACUCACUCCAGGACUCUGAAGUCCCUCUCGGCCCUGUUUGAGUCCCAGUCCCAGACGUCCAUGGAUAUCUACUCCCAGUCGGAGACGAUGGCAGCCGCCCCCGCCCCUCCUCGCGCCACGCAGCCUCACACAGACCGGCCCCUCUGCUAUAUCAGUAGCCCAUCCAGCACGGUGUCUAGCGCAGGGCCGUCCUCCCCUCUGGCGGAUCCUUUGCUUUGUUUCCCUUUGAGUGAGUGAGCAGAGCAGACUCCUCUCCCAGGAGUGAUACUACUGGGACACCACAGAGCACAUCCAUUCGCAGGGACCGGCUGACCAUGUGCGCACACCACACACACACACACACACACACACACACACACACACACAUAUCUCCUUAGCCGGGGUUCUGGAUGUAUGGGGAGUAUUUUAACUGCUGGGUCUAAGCUGAAAGAGAGCAGGGAGACAUCAUUCCCUGUCGCUGCUGUUGGCCACUUGGAGGACAGGUGAAACUCAAUAAUGCCAUGUGGUAAAGCACGAGGAAGAGGCCAUUCCUCCAAUCAGCAUGCAGUGUUGUUGAGUGAUAGACCUUAGGGCCUAUAGGAGCCUCGGAGCAUGCGUCCGAGUCUGCAGCCAGGAUCCGGAGCAACUGGUCGUCGCAGUCGCCAUGAUCAAGAGAUCCACUGAACACGAGACAGAUAGUUUACUUUUAUUUGUCUGUAUUAUUUUGAUGAUUUAAUUUGAUGUGGGUUUUAAAGAAGGGAUUAAUAGGAUUCUAAACAUAUCAGUAUAAAAAUACUUGGUAAUAUAUUUUCAUAGAAAUAUUGUGAUGCCACCAGUGCCUCGUUUAGCUUUUUUCCAAACUAUUUUUACAGUUUAUUUUUUUAUCCAAAAGAAAAAGAACAACCACUCCAAUGAAAAUCCUACUGUUGUUGUGUUGUGGAUGAAUGUUUUCAGACUACUGUCUUGCCAACGUUUUGCACCACCAGUAUGUCCAAUUUAAACUCACAAGACAUCGAGCAGGUUAUACUGUAUUAUUGUAUAGUUUGACCAUUGAAUGCGAAAGAGAAUUUGAGUACUUUCAUGCCAUUGCAUGAGCAUUCAGUCUUUUCAGUUUCUAACAUUUUCCAAUUGUGUUAAUUUGUUGAGUAUUUUUGAACAAUUAUCUUUUCCAUAUCAAGUGGGAGUAGAUGUCCGGGCUCACCAAAAAUGUGCUUUGUUUCAGUGUUUUACAAACGACACAUUGAUGUGGUAAAGAUCUACUAUAAUAAAGGGUAGUUAAAAUUAAGUUUAUUAUGUGGACUAAAACAUUUUAAUUAUUGUUUUAAAUGUGUGGAUAAUGUAAUUGUUCUAUGUAAAGAGGAUGUUUAAACUCUGGGUUUGAUUUAUUUAUGAGAUUAUUUAAUUUCACAUGUGAUGGUUAUGCUGCUUCAGAUGUUUACUGUAAAUAUUUACAAUGCAUCUAAAAUCCAAAUAAAUCUCCCCUUCUGUUGUUACUUGGCUUGUAGCUUAUAAGAUGUUACAUACAAAUGGUCUGAUGUGUUCUUUAAUGAUUAAACUGGGUAAUAGCCAAUAA